CUCUCUCUCUCUCUCUCCUCCACCGAUCUCAAGUCUCUGUCGCCGCCGCUCCUCUCCGUCUUCCGCCGCCGUGUUAUCGCAGCCGCGCACGAUUCUCACUGAAAGGCCAGGAUUCGAAUCUAGAUUUUCUCUGACGCUUUUUGCAGGUUUUUGCAUCUAUAUUCUCAUCAGAAACUGUACAGUUAAAUAAAAUUAAUGGAGCUGAUUAAAGAUGCAUUUGAACGUGUUACGAAGAAACAAAAGCUGUCAUGCUCCAAAAAUCAAGAAGUUCUUGAUCUGAUUGACCAAGAAAUCAAGCAGACGUUACAGAAAAUACAGUCUAAUGAGUGUGCAUCUCAGGUUGAUUUUAAAUCUACCAUUGCUGAACUCAAAAACAAGUUAAAAGACAUUGCACCUGUCAGUCAGACCGAAAGCACUCAGAAGGAACUGAAUCUGGCAUUGAGCAAGUACCCAAAGCUUCUCGAGAAAUCAUUCAAUCCUGAUAUAGCCAAGGCUUAUAGAAACAUCGAGUUUGAUGCUCAUACGGUUAAUGAGAUAAUAGGCAGUCAUUUCUAUAGGCAGGGCCUUUUCGAACUUGGAGACUGUUUUCUAAGUGAGGCUGGAGAACCAGAAUCUACAGCUGCUAUGAAAUCUCAGUUUCAGGAGAUGUUUCAGAUAGUUGAAGCAAUGAAAUGUCAGAACUUAGAGCCAGCACUGAAGUGGGCCAUUGCUAAUUCUGAUAAACUCAAACCAAAUGGAUCAGAUCUACUACUGCAACUUCACAGUCUACAGUUUAUGGGUAUAUUGCAGAAGGGAGACAAAUAUGGAGCUAUUGCUUAUGCCAAAACUUGUCUUGCUCCUUUUGCUUCUGACCAUAUGGCUGAAUUUCAGAAGCUCAUGGUAUCUAUUUUAUGGGCUGGAAAGCUUGAUAUGUCACCAUACUUUCACCUAUUAUCCAAAGCGAAUUGGGAGAAAGUUAUUGGGGGGCUAACUAGGCAGUUCUGCAAUAUUCUUGGCCAGUCUUAUGAGAGCCCAUUGAGCAUGACUAUAGCUGCUGGAGUUCAGGGGUUGCCACCUCUUCUCAAGUUUAUGAAUGUAAUGGUUGGGAAGAAAAAUGAAUGGCAGACUAUGAAGCAGUUGCCUGUGCCGGUGGAGUUGGACCGUGAGUUUCAGUUCCAUUCUAUUUUUGUUUGUCCGGUGUCCAAGGAACAAGCAACUGAUGAAAAUCCCCCUAUGUUGAUGUCAUGUGGACAUGUGCUCUGCAAGCAGUCUAUUACAAAGAUGUCAAAGAACGGCACAAAAACCUUCAAAUGUCCUUACUGUCCUUCCGAUAUCGAUUCAGCACAGUGUAGGCAGCUCCAUUUCUGAUGUAUCUUCAAAAUCUAGUUGCAACUCCCUCAAACUUGUCAAGCUUGUAGCUUAUGUUUAUGUCGUGUAGCUCAAAUGUGUUGUUAUCGUGGCAAAAGCUGGUUUGUCUAGUGUGCUGUUGAUCAAUCCCUUGGUUGUAAAUAGAAAUUUUUUUUCUACUGGCUGUUAGUAUAAGCAUUCCAGUUCCACUGAUCAAUUUGAAUGCAUGUUCUGGUUUCAUCCUGCUGGAUAAGUUCUGCUGCUCCUCCUGGGUAAUGUAAUGGGCUUAGUUAAAGUGUUGAGCUUUAUCUGUUCUGAUAUUUAUGGAUCUCAAGUCCAGGCUGGUACUACAAAGCCAUACUUGGGGACAGCCUUAGAAUUAUUUCAUCUGAACUUUUUAACCAAGCUCAAGCAGACUUGCAGGUAUUCUCUAGUACUUCCUCAUUUAAUUAUCUGUAUCCUUUUAUUUUUACUGAAGUACCUUAACUUAUUCUCUUUCC